GUUACUUCUGAUGCCGGUUCUUCUGUUAUGUCCUCUACCUCAGGUUUAUAUGAAGGUAGUUCAACUGUUACUUCUGGUGUAGAAUCUUCUGUUAUGUCCUCUGCUUCAGGUUCAUAUGAGGGUAGUUCAACUGUUACUUCUGAUGCCGGUUCUUCGAUUGUGUCCUCUACCUCAGGUUUAUAUGAAAGUAGUACGACAUUAACAUCCGUUAUUGUGUCUUCUGACUCUAAAUCAGCUUCACGUUCUACUAAGACAUUGACUCCUUGUCAUUCAUCAUCUACCGUCUCUAAACAUCCAUGUAAGACUCACAAACCGCAACCAUCUAAGUGCGCUUGCCGUAAACCGUGGGUUCACACUAGACAUGGUGGGUGGACACAUGAAAGACCUCACAGUCAUUGUUAA